AUGGAUUUCCUAUUUGGGAAGAGAAAGACCCCGGAGGAGAUGCUGAGGCAGAACCAGAGAGCGCUAAACCGAGCCAUGAGAGAGCUGGACAGAGAGCGAAAUAAACUGGAGCAGCAAGAGAAGAAGAUCAUCGCUGACAUCAAGAAAAUGGCCAAACAGGGACAAAUGGACGCCGUCAAGAUCAUGGCCAAAGACUUGGUGCGCACGAGACGCUACGUGAAGAAGUUCAUCAUGAUGAAGGCCAACAUUCAAGCCGUCAGUCUGAAGAUACAAACCCUCAAAUCCAACAACAGCAUGGCGCAGGCCAUGAAGGGCGUUACCAAAGCCAUGGCCACCAUGAACAGACAGCUCAAACUGCCUCAAAUCCAGAAGAUCAUGAUGGAGUUUGAACGACAGAGUGAGAUCAUGGACAUGAAGGAGGAGAUGAUGAACGACGCUAUCGAUGACGCCAUGGGGGAUGAGGAUGAUGAGGAAGAGAGCGACUCCAUCGUUUCCCAAGUCCUGGAUGAACUGGGUCUCAACCUCAGCGACGAACUAUCAAAUCUCCCAUCAACUGGUGGAAGCCUCUCGGUGGCGGGCAAGAAGCAAAACGAACCUCAAGCGGCUCUGGCUGACGCAGACGCCGACCUGGAGGAACGACUCAAUAACCUGCGCAAAGACUGA